AACACAAAAACGUUGUUGAUAAUAUAAUUUAUAAAAUAAAUAACAUACAUACAAAAUAUAAAUCUGAGAUUAGAAAUUGCACGCUAUCUUGCGGCCAAUAGUUUCGUUAAGUAUUUUUGAAACUAACCGGCCUCUCUUAACACGUACACUACGUAAAGACAUACAGUAUAAAUUAGGGCCUCUGUAUAUUACUCUGCAUUUAUAUAAUGAAGGGAUAAAAAUCCUGAAAACAGAUUUGAAUUCAUUGACAAGUGACAAGUCCACUCUUGUGGUCGACUUUCCCACAUUUUUGUUAAUUUUCAUUAUUUUCUAAAUUCUUAACGUUUUAAAAUAUAAUCAUUCCGCAUAUUUUGUUGUCGGUCGAGAUGUUGGUGUAAUAGAUGAGCACGAACCCGUGACCAUACGUUCAUGUAGCAUAUACUGAUCGACGCGAUAAGCGAACGGAACGUGCGAAUUAUACGGAAUUAAUUCGGAAUGCAACGGAAUAAACAAAUAUGUGCAAUGUAUUGAAAUGCUGAAACGAAACAUGACAAGACGAAGUCGUCGUCUUCGUCGAUUACUUUUCCUAUACCCAACGUACAUACUACAGGGAAAUAUUAGAAUUAUUUAUGAGUUUUAUGACGACCGAGUUACCAGAACAUUUCUCCUACCGCUGCCAAACGGUUCGGCGAAAUGUUUGAUACGAACAGACGGCGAGACGGCCUGAAAGCGAGACGAGAGUUGCCUGUUGGCUAUAUAGUUAACUCGUAUCAGUGCCCAGUGGUGUUCGACCGGUCGUUGGUCAAUGGUGUGGGUAACACCAUAUUAUUAUUAUAUUAUAUCGUGCGUUCACAAUUAUAAAGUAGAAAUUUUUAAACGGUGUAUCCUCUUCAAUUGGAUAUCGCGUGUGAAAGUUUUGUUUCAAGGUUCGUCAUUGUACCCAGUCGGAAUUUGAAUGAUAUAACCCCAAGCGACGAAUUUAAAGAGAACUGUAAAAUUUUUGUUGUUUUAUUGCAGUUAGUAGGUAUGCAAUGCUUUACUGCUGAGUCUUUCUAUUGAGUCUACUAUUAUUUUCUCGUCAUAGUAUUUCAAAUUCUAGAAGGACGCAUAACAAAACGAUUUCUUAAUGGCUUUGGCGUCUGAAAGUAAAGAAGUUAUAAUCCUACAGAAAGCGCAAAAAAAAGAUUUCACUUAUGUAAUGAAAUCUCUGUUAGCCGGAGGUGAGAUGUAAUAAAUAUUUGUUUGGUUAAUACUUAUGGUUAUGUUAAUUUGUAAUUAAUAGCAUAAUAUGAAAUUUUUAAUUUGUUUUAUAAGGUGUUGCUGGUAUGUGUUCAAAAACUGCUGUUGCUCCAUUGGACCGAAUAAAAAUAUUGUUACAAGCCCAUAAUAAGCAUUAUGCAAAUUUUGGUAAUUAUUGAACAUUUUAGAUUAAAUAUAUUUAACUGGUUGUCCCGCACCCGGCGUUGCCCGUGCCAAUUUUUAUUGUUAUUAUUUUACUCAUAUUCAUUUCAGAAUUGAAUAAAAACAAACAGGUGGAAAGUAGGUAGUCUACAAAUAUGUUCCAUUGUGCAAUUUGAAUAAUUUAAAUAAUAGUACUAAUAAUAAUUAUAAUAGUUUUAUUUUACGUGACAACUUAAUCAUCAUCCAUAACACCAAGGUAACCCAUGAAUAAACAAAAAUCAAUAAAUAAGCAAUUAGAUAUCUGUACCAAAUAUAUCUAAAAAUCCUUAUUUUACCCCCUUAGCUUAAUUGAAUUUUCAAAAAUCCUUUUUUAGUGGAUGUCUACAUCUUAAUAUCUUUCUGUGUACUAAAUUUCAGCCCAAUCCUUCCAGUAGUUUGUGCUAGGCGAUGAUGAAUCAGUCAGUCAGGAUAUGUUAUAUAUUUUAUAUACAUAUAGAUAAUUAUAAAUCAAUAUUAAGAUAUAAACAAUGUACAUUUUAUACUAUGUAGUACAAUAUUGUUCUACUAUAAGCCUCAAUUAACACGUGCAACUUAAAAACCAGAACUACAAAAAUAUUGGUAUGAAAUCAGUAUAAAAAUAAUAAGGAUACAUUUCACUCUAACCACUUUGAAUUGUCAGUUUUAAUAGCAAUCUUAUCAUAUGGAUGGUAUCAAAUAUGAAAUUUUGGUCAUUGGUGGUUGAGUUAUUUGUAUUGUGCAUCAGUGCAACAUAUUAACCACUUUCCGACUACUCAUUAAAAGCGUAUUUUGUUUAUUUUUAUAUUGUUAUUAUCAUUGUUUUUAUAAAUUAUGAAUUGUAAAUCAGUGGUCAAAUUGGAAAAAUAAAAAAAAAGGAUCAGAAAAAAUAAUUUACCUUGUAAUGAUUUAACUCAAUCUAAUCUGUGACUUUACUCCUACAAACAUUUUACACAACUCUUAAAACAUGAUUCAUAAUUUAGAUCUAAUACUCCUGGCUAAUUUUUUCUUGCAUAUUAAAUUAUUUUGGAUAAUAUACCUAUAUAUAUUAAUAUUUAUAAUUUAUUUCUGUAAAAUAAUUAAAUAAUAAGAGUGGAUGGGUCCACUCAUAUGCUGUAUCUGUCUUACAACCAUAUAACAUAAAAAAUUUGCAUUCAGUAGGACAACUGAUGCUGUUAGUUUUAAUAUUAGAGUCAAUUGACCUGUUAUCAAAUUUAAAGAUAAGAACAUUAUCUAUGCAAUUAUGCUGAUUUUUUUUUCGUUUUAAAUAUUUCAGAAUUGGCCCUUUGUCCCUAUAAAAAUAAAUGAAUAAUUAGUAAAGACAUAGUAAGAAAAUUGAGGAACACUCCUUCCAUCAAUUCAAGCAUUGUUUUUAAAUUUAUAAUGGAUUGAUUGAAACUAACUUGUAGUGUUCAAACUAAACAUUACACUCUAUUUAUGAUCAUCAUAUUGUGAAGUACAAUAAUCAAAAUAUAUUAUAGUAUUCAAAUUAUUAAAAAAAUAAUAAUCAUCGAAAUUCAGUUUAUUUUUGAUAAAAGUCAUUAUGUUUUUUUCCUGGAAGCUUCUUUAUCCAGAUAAGACCAACAUAAAUAUUUAUGUUGCCAUAAAGUUAUUAAAAUUUAUCUAAUAUAUGUAUUUUAUACAUUUACUUUUAAACAGCAUUGAAAAUAUUUGGUUUUAAUUGUUGGAUAAUUAAAAACUUAACUAGUAAAUAAUUGGUUAAUUUCUAUUAUUUGUGAUUCAUGAUUUAGGUACUUAAAUCAUAUGAUUAAAAUUAUUUUGUUUAUACCCAUUAUAGCCAUUAUAAAAAUGUACAAAGUUUAAUGCUUAUAUUUAAUAUAUUAUGUAAUAAUAUGUGUUAUGAAAUAGAAUAUUAAUUAGUUUAUAUGUAUUAUUUCAGGAGUAUUUAGUGGUCUAGCUGAAAUCAUUAAACGUGAGAGUUUUAUAGCAUUAUACAAAGGCAACGGUGCCCAAAUGGUGAGAGUGUUCCCAUAUGCUGCUAUUCAAUUCACAUCAUUUGAAUUCUAUAAAACUGUAAUAGUUCUAUUAACUUUUUUAAUUUGAAAAUGGUAUAUUUUAAAAUAGUAUUUUUAUUUUUAGCUUUUAGGAUCUAUUCUAGGUAGUGGUUCACAUAUUGGAAAAUUUGUAGCUGGUUCAUCAGCCGGUGUUACAGCAGUUACAAUUACAUAUCCUUUAGAUACAAUUAGAGCACGGCUAGCAUUUCAAGUGACUGGUGAACAUGUAUAUAAUGGCAUUAUACAUACAGCAAAAUCUAUUAUGCAAAAUGUACUUUGACAAAUGCAUGAUAUAUUAUGUUUAAAAUAUAUUGAUAAUAGUUUUAAUAGGAAGGAGGAGUAAAAGCUUUAUAUCGAGGAUUUGUUCCUACAUUAUGCGGUAUGGUCCCUUAUGCAGGCUUAACAUUUUUUUGUUUUGAAUUUAUUAAAAAAUUUUGCUUGAAAACACUACCAACAUGGUUUAGUAAACCAUCUGAUAAAGAUUCUGGUAAGUUUUUUAUAGAUAGAUGAAAGCUUUGGUGAAUUAUUAUUAAUCUUGUUUUAAAUAGGUGGGGCCGUACUUACUGUACCUGCCAAAUUGCUUUGUGGAGGAUUGUCUGGUGCACUUGCUCAAUGUGUUUCAUAUCCAUUGGAUGUCACAAGGAGAAGAAUGCAAUUAGCCACUAUGGAUCAAACCAGUGGAAAAUUUGGGUAAACAGUCUAAUUUAUAUAUUUUAUCAAUACAAUAUUUGUUUUUAGUUUUCACUUUAUAUUUGAAAAUAUAAUUUAAUACUAUUAUUAAUCUAAUCAUUUGAUUAUAUAAAUAUAUUCAGAUGUAAACAAUGAGAUAAUAUAGUUAAAGUUGUAUACUUUUAAAAAGUAUUUGUACUGUACAUUUUAUUUCAUAGCAUUAAUAAUUAUUUAAAUAAUUCAACUUAAUAUAAUUAAAAAUGAUUAAUUUUAAUAUUAAUUUAUUUUAUUAUUUCAGGCAUGGUAUGAUUAAGACAUUAGUAAAUGUUUAUCGCACUGAUGGUGUUACUAAUGGUUUGUAUCGAGGAAUGAGUAUUAAUUUCAUUAGAGCUGUUCCUAUGGUAGCAGUGUCAUUUUCUACUUAUGAACUUAUGAAACAGACUCUAAAUUUAGAUACUGGAGUUGAUUCCUAAAUAUUAUUUUUCAUUAUUAUUGAAUCUAUUUUUGUUUUAGUUUUAAUAUUUCUUAUGUUAUGCAAUAUUAUAAUUAUUAUGUGUUUUAUUUAUCAAAUUGUAUACGUUGUUGAUAUAAAAAUAAAUUAUUUUUAUAGAACUUGUUUUUUAGGUCUAGAAUAUUAAACAAAUUUACUAUUUAAAUAAAUCAUAUAAUUUGAUAACCAAAAUAAAUUUUUCUCACGUAAAAACAG